CACAUUCUCAUCCGCCCGGGCCACUGCGAGGCGUGCGUUAUAAACGCUACGUUUUCCCCCGCCCGCGACACGAUCGGUGCUCGCGACGACGCACUUUCUCUCGGCGGCCGCGGCGCGUUGAUCGGCAGCCUUCGUGCUCGGCCGCAUGCGCUCAGCCGCCGCAGCCGCCGCAGCUGGAGUUGACGAGCACCUGACUCGCGCUCGUGCACGCGAUACUUUGCGUGAAGUACCUUAGUACUAGGCCCUUCCAAGUCCGCGAGUAGACCAAGCUGAGAACAUUAAAAGGGCGUCUUAGAAUAAGGGGGGGCUGCGCGUUGAGGGAUGUGGAAAGAGGGACUGCGUCAUUGGUGUGUCCUUGUGAUUGCCGCGUGCCUGCUCAUCUGCACACCAUUCGUCGACGCAGCGUUCAGGAGGAGCGGCCGCUGCGGCCGGCAGCUGGUGCGCCGCAGCCGCAUCGUGGGAGGAAGGGACGCCUACGACGGCGAGUUUCCCUGGAUCGUAUCGCUGAGAAUAAACGGGCAACAUGAGUGCGGUGGCACAAUUAUCGGAAAGCGAUGGAUACUUACAGCCGCGCAUUGCCUGCAAAGGGCCACCCUGCGGAACUUGCGGGUCCGCGUGGGCGAGUACCACUUGUACCAGGCCGAGCUGGGCCACUCAUCCCAGGACCUGGCGCCGGAGAAGCUGCUGCUGCACCCGCUGUUCGGCCAGCCCAAGAGGCUCAGCAACGACAUCGGCCUGCUGCGGCUCGCCUCGGACAUUCCUAUGGGCGCAUUCGCGGUGCCGGCCUGCCUGCCGUCGCCCUCCGACAGGAGCCUCUACGCCGCCGGCAAGAACGGCACAGUUGCCGGCUGGGGAUACGUCCGGGAACUGCGGCUCGACUCUUUCAAGGACGAGAGCCUCAGUGCAUACAUGACGGACGUCCUCCAGAAGGUGGAGGUGCAGCUAAUGACCAACGGACAGUGCAAUGGGCUCUACAGCGAGGCGAAAAAGUCCAUUCGCGUGAGCAGGGAGCAACUCUGCGCUGGGCAUAAAGAAGGCAAAAAAGAUGCGUGCACGGGAGACUCCGGCGGGCCUCUGAUGGUCCUGGCAAAUAACACGUACGUUGCAAUCGGCGUCGUAUCCGGUGGCAUUGGCUGCGCUCGGCCGCUGCUGCCGGGGCUCUACACCCGCAUCACUUCCUACAUGUCGUGGAUAAUGAGUCACCUGAGGAGCAGCCGCUAGCUGUCUCUCUUGCUGCACGACCAACGAGAAGAAACUGCACUGAACGACGGUUGAUCUUUUUUCUUUCCCCUUCCCUUAGAGCGCGAAACAUUGUUUUGGCCAAAGAUCACAACGAGCAUUACUUAUUCUUGGGUGUCCUCUAACAGAACCGCUUGUGCAAUCACUUUUGUGGAAAUCCGCAGUGUGAAGAAAACUUUAUGAAAUAGAACGCAGUCAUCGACUCGCACGUAGCACGAGAGUAGAACAACGAUAGAGCAAAUGAGCUCCUGAAGUAGCAAGCUACGCUGUUGAAUAAACAUUCGCCCAAGUCUAAGGAUCGAAUCCGAAAGAACCACUAUUUUGGACUUGUCGACAGAGCUACCCAGAAUGCUCGCAGUUGGCAGUAAAUGACAGCGAAUUGAUCCACAAACCUAAGCACGGGAACACUGAAUAAGCAAGUGAGCUUUGCUGAAAUCGGCAAACAGAAAGGAAAUUUUUAAUGGUACAAAAUUGACAUCCACACGAAAGUAGCACCAAGCUAUUCAAGAAGCCCAAAUGAGGUUUCUUAGAACAAUGCCCACUACUUGAAGAAACCUUCGUCUUGGUACAGGCUUUUCCCUUGAGAUAGUGCUACUUUGACGUAGAUGACUGCUUUCUCUUUGACGAAUUCUUGUCGGCGCCGCUGCGUACAUGUCGUCCGCGAAGCGUGUUCUCGUUCUAUUUCAUAAGGGACGCUGCAAUAUUUAUAAAGUAUAGGUGCCCUCGUGACACUGCGUCGCAAGUGUAUGGGCAUGAUGCAUUAUUCUAGUGUUUUCAAGUAACCAGCAAUAUCUAGACAAUACUAACCCCCGUAUUCAGAAAUGCAUCUUAUCUUGAAUCCCGUGUUUGCAUUGAUCUUAAUGAAGCCUGACGUGAACGUGCCCUAGACUCUCACGGCGUUUCCUUCGGCGCGUUCACGACAGGUGUUAUUCAGAUCAAGUCGCGCAUGGGCUUCAAGUUCAGAUGCAUUUCUGAAUACGGGGAUUAUUCUGAUUGUGGUCCGCAAUAUCUUUAUAAUUGUGCAUUAAUUUUUGUUUGUUCUUGUAUCCCUGUUUCUUUUUGUAUCUGUGGCUUUUGCACGCGUGUUCGCAAGUAUUGUGUUUGGCAUGCGGAACUCACGAAAUACCUCAUUUGUACUUCAACAAAGACCCUCGUGUGUUGUGAACUGUCUAACAACAUUUGUGCUUGUGUAUAGGUGUGUAUGUUUGGGAGCUUUCAACAAAUGUCACUUUAUUUUAUGUCGUCUAUUUUACCAUUUUCAUUCUGUUGUGCGCAACAGUGAAAUCAUACAAUCGGAGUAGCCAGCGACCAUCUUAGGCACCAACCUCUCCUUGAACACAAAUUAUGAUAGGCAGCUUCGCUCAUAACUGAAUAUGAUGAUAUAGUAGUAUUCGCAUGUUUUAUUUACAUUAGGUAUUUCUUACCUAAGAAAAUAGAGAACUUGGGAGCGAGGAGCCAAUUAGAACGACAAAUAUGGAAGUGGUUUAGGCUGACCAAAGAAAAAACGUUGGCGAAUGAAGAGAUUACGAGUGACAAUCACGCGAAGUUGAAACACUAGAACAAGUGACAAGGUUACGAGAUGACGAGCAAAACAAGAACAAGGUAAAAGCCAUAGCCAACGUUUAGAAAAGUGGUCUUGGCUUUUUGCCUUCUUCAGAUGUCGUCCACAUUCGCAUGCGCUAUGCAUACUUGAAUUCUCAAUUGACUUCGAAGACUUGGUGGAGUGUUUUGCUUCGAUCUACUUAGUUAGGCCUCAAAAUUGUAAUGAUAUUUCAAUAUCUGAUCAUUUUUGGGGGUCUACAUGCCAAAACCACGAGCUGAUUGCGAGGCACGCCGUAGUGGUGGAUUAGGGAUUAAUUUUGA